UUUGAACGUCAACAAAAACCGCAUUCGUGCAUCCACCUUUUUUUCGUCGCGAGUUUCGCGGUUGUGUAUGACUAAUCGCAUGCCGAAUUUUCUGUAUUUCGGCGUUUAAAAAGUACCGUAAAACGUUGCAUUUGUCGCACUAUCCUAAACAAACUGUAGAACAGCAGGUCUCAACUUAUAAUCAAGAAAUCGCUGUACAGCGCUGAUCGCAAUGGCAAAACGUGUUCAACCGACGUGGCAAACUCCGGUUCCAACGAAGGAGGAACCAAGGCUUCGACUGUUCAACAGUUUGACCCGGCAGAAGGAGCUGUUCGUUCCGAAGGAUGGUAAGAAUGUCAAGUGGUAUAGUUGCGGCCCAACGGUGUACGAUGCGUCGCAUAUGGGUCACGCUCGGUCCUAUAUUAGUUUCGACAUACUCCGAAGGGUUCUGUCGGACUACUUCGGGUAUAACGUCCUCUACGUGAUGAACAUCACCGAUAUCGACGAUAAGAUCAUCAAACGAGCCCGGCAGAAUUUCCUGUAUGAGCGGUACGUGGAACGGACUACGUCCUUGGAGACACUCCUGGAAGAUAACAAGGAGGUGAUGGAAGCAUUCCAGGGUAAUCUGGUCAAAACGACGGACCCCGACAAGAAGGCAAUGAUGGAACGAAUGCUAGAAAAGUUGACUGUAGCGGUGGACAAUUUGACGAUAGCGGUCAAAAGUGGUGAGAAGGACAAAGUGACGGAUGCUCAGCGACAGUUCCUGGAGGAUUCCAAAGAUCCAUUGUCCGAUUUGUUGGACAAAAAGGAAGGAGCUUCUGUAAGCGAGAAUUCCAUUUUCGAAACGUUGCCUCGAUUUUGGGAAGAUGAAUUCCAUAAGGACAUGGACGCUUUGAACGUGUUGGCGCCGGAUGUGCUAACGAGAGUGAGCGAGUACGUUCCGCAGAUUGUGGGAUACAUUCAGCGGAUUAUUGAUAAUGGGCUGGCCUACGAAGCGAACGGAUCGGUUUACUUUGACGUGGCAGGAUUUGAUAAACGUGAUAAGCAUUACUAUGCUAAGUUGGUGCCGGAAGCUUACGGUGAUGCCAAAUCUUUACAAGAGGGCGAGGGCGAUUUGAGCACAACGGAGGACCGUCUUUCGGAGAAGCGAUCCCCAAAUGACUUUGCCCUGUGGAAGAGCAGCAAAGCCGGAGAGCCUUGGUGGGAGAGCCCAUGGGGUAAAGGUCGUCCUGGAUGGCAUAUUGAGUGCUCUGCCAUGGCGUCCGAUAUUUGCGGAGAUUAUUUGGACAUUCAUACGGGUGGAGUGGACUUGAAGUUCCCCCACCAUGACAACGAACUGGCUCAGAGUGAGGCUCACGAUGGAAGCUCAGAAUGGGUUAAGUACUUCCUCCACACGGGACAUUUGACCAUCGCCGGGUGCAAGAUGUCAAAAUCUCUCAAAAACUUUGUCACUAUUCAGCAAGCUCUCCAAAAACACACUGCCACUCAACUUAGACUCGCAUUUUUGCUGCAUUCCUGGAAGGACACGCUGGACUAUUCCGAAAACACCAUGGAAAUGGCCGUCCAAUAUGAACGAUUUUUGAACGAAUUUUUCCUCAACAUUAAGGACCUCACCAGACACGUAGUUAGCGGAAAGCCACGAGAUCGGUUUAACUUGUGGACACUGGUUGAGUCUGACCUACAGCAAAAAUUGAAUUCCACAAAGGAACUCGUUCAUGCGGCGCUCUGCGACAACAUUGACACUCGUACGGCCCUCGAUGCGGUUCGCGAUUUGGUGUCUCAUAGCAACGUCUACAUUCGGGAUCAUAAAAAUGAGCUGAAUGCAUUAUUGUUGAGGAGAAUUGCCAGUUAUAUUACGGAUUUGCUGCACAUUUUUGGUGCAAUAAAUGGUCCCAGAGGAGGAAUAGGGUUCCCUGUAGGAGGAAGCGCUGGCAAUGGCGAUCUGGAAGAAACUGUCAUGCCCUAUCUGACUACCCUGUCCGAUUUCCGCACGGCCGUACGAGAGCAAGCUCGCACCUUGAAGGCAACCGAUAUCCUUCAGUUGUGCGAUCGAAUUCGGGACGAUAUCCUACCAAAUUUGGGUGUCCGGUUGGAGGAUCGGGAGGGUAACGCUUCGGCUCUGAAGCUGGUAGACCGCGAAGUUCUUCUUAAGGAACGAGAAGCUAAACGGGCCGAGGAGGCUCGUAAAGUGGCGGAGAAAGAGCGGAAAAAGGCCGAAGCUGCCGCAGCGCAGUUGGCGAAGGAUGCACAGCGUAAGAUCAAUCCGGUGGACAUGUUCCGUGGCGAGGCGGAUAAGUAUUCGGCUUUUGAUGAGCGUGGACUGCCGACGCACGAUGCUGAAGGGAAGGAGAUCAGCAAAGGGCAGCAGAAGAAGCUGCAGAAACUGCAGCAACAGCAGGAGAAACGCUACCAAGAAUAUUUGGAUUCGGUCAAAGUUUAAGGCAAGAUCAAACACGUGAAAGAAUUUUACUAAAUUUUACUUUUUUCUAUUUAUUUAUUUGUGAUAAGACCAAUGCAAAUAUAAACGAUUUGGGCAGUA